AAAUUAAUCUGUGGUUGACUUGACAUUGCAUGCCUCCGUAAUUUAAUGAAAUUGUAAUAGGUAUUUUCACAACAAAAAUAUGUGUGGAUACAUAUUAAUUUUAUGUGAAAACUUGUAGAUUAAUUACUGAAGUCGUUUUUAAGAUUUAUAGAAUAGAUCGUGUAGUAUAUACCUUUAGUUUAUGAUUAAAUUUUGGUUCUUGUGUUUGUGAACAUCAUGGGGAGUGAAAAAGAUCGAUUGUCGGACCCGGGCGACGGCGAAGAUAUACCAAGUGAUUUCUUCGACGACUUCACCAGGGAUGAGUUUAUGGAAGGUUUGAGUGUUAUAGACAGCUGGGACGAUGAAGAUGGGGGCGGCAAGCGACGGGAGAUGCGGCGCAUCAACAUGGAGACCAUCGACAGUGUCAAAGACCUCCGGGAACUGAUUAGUGAUAAAGAGGACACCAAACAGAGGACUCCGAAUAUAAAGUUCGAAGAUAAGUACAAGUGGCGCAAGCAGGACCACGAGGGAGAAGGCAGCAGCACAUCCGCGGAUAAUUUCACCAAGCCCGGCAGCAGGCGGGAUCCGAACAAGACCAACGAAGCCAUCAAGAAAGACAAAGAAGUAAAAGUGAAAGAGUAUCUUGCGAAACAUUUGGAGUCAUCGGAUGAUCUUCGGCCACCUGGCACAGAGUUGGACGACUAUUUUGAUGGUGAUAAAUCUAAAGAACGUAAGAAAUCUCCAAAGCGCGUCUCGGAGGGCGUGGAACCUCCUCCGCAUCGCCCCGCAUGGACGAGAAAGGAACCUUACCGAAGCCCUCGUCGCUACAGCCCUCGUCGCGUGAGCCCUCAACGUCGAAGAUAUAGUCCUCAUUUUCGCAGAAGUCCACCACGCUACAUCCGACCGCGAUUCAGUCCUCAUAAGCACUUCAGGAAGCGGUACAGCCCUCCAAGACACAGUCCAAGAAGAUAUAGUCCUUCACGUCCACGCGCACACAGUCCCCCACGCCGGCGGCGAUCAUCCAGAUCUCCUGUGAGGCGGCCUUACGAGUCUCGAAGAUCACGCUCGCCAAGAUCUCGUAGUCCACAUAAAACUGAUUCUUUCCUUUACCCAAAUGAUCCACAGGGAGCACCGGGCUACCCUCUUGAUAAUUCUAUGACCUAUCAGCCAGAGCUAGGCGCCGUAUAUAGUGCUCCUAAUGAAUUUUCUAGUGUUGCUCCUGGAUAUUCUUAUCCUCAGGGAAUGGCGUAUGGAACUGGUUUUCCAGCUCCAUAUAGCUAUGGGACACAACCGACUAUGCCGGGCAGUGUUCCCGUUCCCGGGCCACUUCCUCUGCCGACUAUAAACCCUGUGCCAGCACCCCCUCUCAAUGCAGUGCCGGCUCCUGCCAUGGUGCCAGCGCCUGCAUCUACUCUUCCUGUCUUAGAACAGAAAACACCCUAUGAUGCUUUGGCACAAUUAGUUGCAGAGGGAAAAAUUUCUCAAGAAGAUUAUCUUAAGCUUGCACCAAAUAAAGGUGUAAGCAGUUGUUUGGAUUCAAAAACCAUGACUGGAGUUAUGUCUCGGUGCAAUGAAGCUAUAAGGAAGUUGGAGAAGUUGGUCCUGCCCAAUCAUUUGAUGAUGAACAACCAUAUUAUUGGAGUGGAACCUAAAUCCUUGGAGUCCAAAUUUUGUUCGCCGCUGAAGAGACAAGCAGUAAUCGAAUUCAACUUCACAAAGACCAAUGGACCCACAUUGGCACAACAGAACAAGCAGUUGGUGGAGAGCAUCAUCACUACUAUUGGAUUGGAUAAGGUGGUCUCCAGAUACAAGAGGAAACUGCGUAAGGACGUGAAGGAUGCUGCUGUACAAACAACAAAACCCUAUUGCGACGUAUGUGAAAUACGCGAGUCCACAAAGUUCCACGAAGUUGGCACGGUUGUUGAUCCUGAACACUUUAGUUGUACUGUUCACACGCAAGUUGUGGAACACGAUUUAGUUAAUUCUAAAUCUGUGUUCAACCCGACCGGUAGUGCUUCUGAAGGAGCUCCUAUCUCUAUAUCUCACCUGACUCCGGCGCAGUUGGUGUCCCAGCUGGCGGCGCGCGCGAAGACGCUGAAGCAAUCAUCGCCUGUACCGCCAUCAAUGCAUCAGAACCAGUUCGGCAGAAGAAACCCCAACUACGACUACGACGGCAGAGGUGGAGGCCAACAGCAAUAUCACCAUGGUUACAACCAGUAUCGUUAUUAAAAAACCUGGAAGGCAGAUUGACUGAAUUCUAUUUACAGAGCUGUGGUUAGCAUAAAUAUUUUUAAACAUCAACAUUUACUCAUUACGGUCAAAAUGAUUUUGAAAUAAAAUAAUUUCCUAUAGUGUA